CAUGGUUUUUGGAACAGAAGAAGAAGAAGAAGAAAUUGAAGAAAGAAUGCCUCAAGAGAGCAGCAAUUACUACGGCUCCAUAUUCACGUCGCCCGGCAAGAACUUGAGAGGGUUGAAGGGUUUGAACUCCAUCAUCGGCAACAACAACAACAGUAACAGCAACUCUUCCGACGCGUCUUCGUUCGCCGGCGAUGAGAUCAUCAACGACCACGAACUGGCCCAGAGAAAAGCCGAAGAAGCGGCGUCGAGGAGAUACCAGGCGGUGGAAUGGCUUCGGCAGAUGGACCAAGGCGCUUGGGAGGUUCUCCCCAAGGAGCCUUCCGAGGAAGACUUCUGUCUCGCCCUCCGCAAUGGCCUCGUUCUCUGCAACGUCCUCAACAAGGUCAAUCCCGGCGCCGUCCUCAAGGUGGUGGAGAAUCCGGUCCUCGAUGUUCAGGCCACGGAGGGCGCGGCUCAAUCUGCGAUUCAGUAUUUCGAGAACAUGAGGAACUUUCUUGUGGCCGUGGGCAACAUGAAACUCCUGACCUUCGAGGCCUCUGACCUCGAAAAGGGAGGCUCCUCAAGUAAAGUUGUAGACUGCAUUCUUUGCUUGAAAGGUUACUAUGAGUGGAAGCAAGCAGGUGGAAUUGGGGUUUGGAGGUAUGGUGGGACCGUGAAGAUUACAUCAUUUCCGAAGGAAUCUCCACCUUCAUUAGUUGGCAGUGAAAGUGCUGACGAGUCUGUGGAUGAAUCUGAGUCAUCACAAUAUGAACAGUUAUUGGAAUUUCUUCAUCUCUCCAGUGAGGUCUCAGUUGAAGAAUCCAAGGUUGCCAAUGCAUUAACAUUUCUUUUUGAUGGUUUUGGCCUUGGACUGCUACAGGCAUAUCUCAAAGACCAGAAUGAAAUUGAAGACUUGCCUUUGAAUGCAAUGGUUAUUGAUAUCAUACUCAGGAAGGUGGUUAAGGAUUUCUCAGCACAGCUUGUUUCUCAAGGCAUUCAGCUUGGACUGCUUCUGAAGAAAAUAUUGAAAGGUGAUGGGAUUCCUCUAUCCAAACCAGAAUUUCUAGAGGCCAUUUCAAAAUAUCUUGCUCAACGAACUAGUUUAGCACCAAGUGAUGUGUCCAAAUUCUGUAUUUGUGGUGGGAAACGUGAAGUAGUCCACUGCAAUAUUGACCGCUUUGCUGGUGAUGCAGAACUUAUUCAUCAUCAACAGAAACAGCUUGAGGAGCUAAAAUCAUGUCUUCGAGACACUAAAUUAGAAGUCAAGCACAUCCAAGCUGGCUGGGAUGAGGAACACAGAAGGCUUGAGCAUCACAUUAAGGGCCUUGAAGUGGCUUCUUCUUCCUAUCAUAAAGUUUUGGAGGAAAACCGCCUACUUUUCAAUCUUGUCCAAGACCUAAAAGGAACAAUUAGGGUCUACUGUAGAGUUAGGCCCUUCCUACCAGGACAAUCCAGUGGGCAGUCAACAGUUGAUUAUAUUGGAGAAAAUGGAAGUAUCAUGAUUGUCAAUCCUUCUAAGCAGGGCAAAGAUGCAAGAAGGGUGUUCAAUUUCAAUAAAGUCCUUGGAAUGAAUGUGACCCAAGAGCAAAUAUAUGCAGACACUCAACCAUUGAUCCGAUCUGUUCUUGAUGGUUACAACGUUUGCAUUUUUGCAUAUGGACAGACUGGCUCGGGGAAGACAUACACAAUGAGUGGUCCUGACUUGGCAGCAGAACAGACAUGGGGUGUAAAUUAUCGAGCUCUACGUGAUUUGUUUCAAAUUUCAAAGACAAGGAUGGACAUAAUAGAGUAUGAAGUCGGAGUCCAGAUGAUUGAGAUCUACAAUGAACAAGUCAGAGAUCUAUUGGUCAUCGAUGGAUCUAAUAGACGAUUGGAUAUACGGAACAACUCUCAAUUGAAUGGCCUCAAUGUGCCUGAUGCAUUCUUGGUUCCAGUUAAAUGUACUGAGGAUGUUCUUGAUUUGAUGAAAAUCGGCCAAAGAAACCGUGCUGUGGGUGCUACUGCUUUAAAUGAGCGUAGUAGCCGGUCUCAUAGUGUUUUGACAGUCCAUGUCCGAGGAAAGGAGUUAGUUUCUGGAUCCAUAUUAAAGGGUUGCCUUCAUCUAGUGGACUUGGCUGGAAGUGAGAGGGUGGAUAAAUCUGAGGCUGUUGGUGAAAGGUUGAAGGAAGCCCAACAUAUAAACAGAUCACUCUCUGCACUAGGAGAUGUCAUUUCUGCACUAGCACAAAAGAGUGCACAUAUUCCUUACAGAAAUAGCAAGCUCACUCAAGUCCUACAAGAUUCUUUAGGUGGGCAUGCCAAGACAUUGAUGUUUGUUCAUAUAAAUCCUGAAGUUAAUGCCAUUGGUGAGACCAUUAGCACCCUCAAGUUUGCAGAAAGGGUUGCUUCAAUAGAGCUUGGAGCUGCUCGAUCUAAUAAAGAGACUGGUGAAAUCCGAGACCUCAAGGAAGAGAUAUCCAAUCUCAAACUCACCUUAGAGAGAAAGGAAGCUGAACUGGAUCAAUUGAAAAGCAACACCACUCGUACAAUAGAAUGCCAAAGAGCACGCGCUGCUUCACCUCUGCAUAUGCCAAAAUACAGUAUUAAUGGCUCCUUAAAGCCUGAAGCCCCUCAUCGCUCUGUUGAUGAUACUAGAAUUUCCGAGGUAAGGAGUUGCUCUUCAGGGAAGCAGAGGAAGUCUCGUUUUCCCUCAAAGUUCUCAGACAAAGACACUAUUCCAAAGAUGCCUUUCCUUGCUGAAGAGAGACUAGCGAACUCUGGCAAAGCAAGAUCACCAUCCCCAACUGCGAGGAGAUCAUUAUCAACCGAUAGGGGGAGUUUAAUUAAAGGUAGAAUCAAGCCUGAAACAAUUGAGAACCAACCGAUCAGUAAACUCCAGUUUCCUGUCAGAGUUCCUGUCAAUAAAUCUGUUGCUACACUACCCGUCAUCCCAUCCAUAGAGCACAGCACGAGAGGAUUUUUGGGUACCAUAGAGGUACCGAAGCAGGAUAACAUUUCCGAUGCAUUCUUCAGCUUCCAAAGGGCCAUCUCCAAGAAAGUUCAUCCAGAAAAGGAAGAGCAGCAGCAGUUUAAGCAAGUCCUUAACGUGAGGCAAGGGGGCAUUAGGAAAACCAAGCCCGAAAAUAAGAUCAAGGCUAACAAUCAACUGCCAGCCAAAGUUCAGAAGUCUGAUGUCCCUGCCACAUUGCUUUCUGACAUGGACAACAUCGGUGGAAGGAUGGAGGAACCUCGAAAGAGCGACUUCUCUGAGCCAGAAAAUGAACAGGGGCUUGCUGUAUCACCGGUGCACAGCACCAUGAGGGUGAAAAAGCUUCAGAGGAACUCCUCGAGGAAUUCUCAAAAUGUCGAAUCUAGGGAACUAGGGCAGACAGUGGAAUCCUUCCUCCUAUCGGGGAAAAACGAGCAGAAGGUUUCAAAUGGCGCAUUUCGCCAUCCAAAGGAAGCCAGCAGCAACCAAGCUAUGCCAGAAUUCCGGAGGAGCCGGUCUACACCCCGCGGGAAGUUCAUGAUUUUGCCUUGAGGGGUUGAUCGUAUUCUAAUGCAGCGGCAAGUUUUAUUUCCUUGAUUCUUUUAGAUUUUGUACAGAAACAAAUCGAUAUUGAAACCUGAGAUGCUCGGUGUCUUUUACGAAGAUUGAGAGAAGACGACGGUGAAGUCACUGGACCCCCCGGAGUUGAUAAUGGAAACCUUUCUGCUAAAAGCCAAUUUUUGUGCGGCGGAUUUCAUCAUCAUCAUCAUCAUCAUAUAUAUAUAUAUAUAUAUGAGAGUAUCUGUAAUUAACAUCUAAAUUUUUCUAAAUCUGUACUUUUGUGAUCUUUCUUGUGAGCCAAACAAGUGAUGUGCUUGCUGUAAUAAUUUAUAAUCUGCUGCUUCUAUUAUAUUAAUUAACUAAUCUUUUUUCUUCUAGUUUUUGCUGUGGCAGAAUGCACAAAGGCAUGCUGCAUCAGCAUUUCUGGAACAGAAGACUCUCAUUCUUUGGAGUUA